AUGAUUGUUCCGAAGAAAGAUACCACUAACACCCUUGAACUCAUCAAGAGAGUAUAUUACCCAUACUACUACAAUAACAACAGGGGUUGGCACAGGUACAGAUGGUUUUUGUGGCUAUUGCUCAUAAUUCCAUUACUUUUGAUAUUGCUUAUAUUUUGUUUAAGAAGAAGAAGAUCAAAGACCAGUGUUUACUACCCACAACAGCAACUGAAUCAGCAGUACUACCAAAAUCAACAACCACAACAGAGUUACGUGCCACCUGAACAACCUCAAACUUAUCAAACUGGUGGGUACAACAAUUAUGGAAAUGGAGGCUAUGGCAAUUAUGGACCUAGCAGUGGUGGUGCGGCACAACAAGGUUAUUACUCAAGAGAACAAGAGUAUGAUGUCGCAGGUGAGGAAUUCUCGCGUCCUGAAGGACCACCGCCAGCACACACCAAAGCCUAA